AUGGUUUGGGGCUCUCAGUCAUUCGAUCCAAUUUCAGACCUCUCGGACAUAACAGGCAAGGUUAUUGUUGUCACCGGUAGCAGUGGUGGCAUAGGGUAUGCGACCAUCCAACACCUCGCGCGGCAUGGGGCGAAGGUAUACAUGGCGGCUCGGAACGAGGACAAGGCUAAAGCGGCGAUAUCUCGUUUGCAUUCCGAGGGUCUCGGGCCAGGCAACGGAGAGGUGCUCUUCCUAAAGCUCGAUUUGAGCGACCCGAACGAUGUUCGAACCGCAGCGGACGAGUUUAUGAAGGAUGAAAGCAGACUCGAUGUCCUCGCAAGGGACCCGCAAAGUGAUGUCCGGAUCAUCAAUGUAAGCUCUUAUACUGAUUUCAAGUGGGUGUUCUUGACACAGUUCUAUUGGUGGCCACCACAGGUCUCUUCGAGCGGUAUCUCGUUCCUCAAACGCGGCAUUCGUUUCCGCGACCUGGAUGACUUCAAUGACGAGCACAGAGGCGAGCUAGCCCCAGGGCUAGCCAGAUACUGCAGGAGUAAGCUGGCCAAUGUCCUGUUCACCACAGAACUGCAGAAGCGACUCGAUGCUGCGGGGAUCCCCAUCGUUGUCAUGGCCGUUGAUCCCGGCCUCACGGUGUCAUCAACGACACUGCCUCCCAACCCCCCGUAG